AUGUGCACAGCUUCCGCAGAAUGUAAGAAGCAGGCGACACUACGCUUGCUGCUGCCGGGGACCAAACGCAAGGCUAAGGAGACAUUCUCUGCGUCGGCAAAGAGAUCCAAGACUGGAUUCGCGGAGCUACGCUACGAGAUGUACAAGAACUGCUUGCAAGCCUACGAUAUCACGGAGAACUCGAGAGCUUCUUGUGUGGUCCACCCUGGCGCGGAUUGGGCCGUCGAAGUCGACUCGGACUUCUUUGCCGAUGGAAACGAUAUGACGUAUGGCGAGUCAACGAAUGAGAAUACCGGUUGGACGCAGGACUGGCGCUUCAAGGAGUUUCCUGAGGGAUUUACUUGGACGUGUUGUAAUGGGAAGGGCGACAAGCCGCCAUGCAUCGUGGCCAAGCAUAUUGCUAGCGAAAGUGCUGGUGAUGUAGUCAAGAUGAGCUCUGCAGGGGAUGAGGAUUAA